AUGUGCAGCAGUAGCUACGCGGCAGCAGCAAGCAGCAACAGUCUAGCAACGGCGAGCAGGCCGGCGUGCGCGCGUGCGAGCAAGCAUCAACAGCGACCUGCCGCGCUCCGGCCGGCAAACGCGGCACCACCCCGCUCCCUCGUGCUCGACCGAGCUGGUCGACUGCCCCUCCUCCGGCCGCGCGUCCAUCCGGCUCCUCCCUCCGCGUCCUCGCCCCGCCUCGGCCAGGUCCCUGCCCACCAUCUCCGUCUCUGCCGCGGCCCGCCCGGCCGGCGCCGCGGGCCUCCUCUCCGUCGGGCCGGCAUCCCACCGCGCAGAGCAUCCUCGCCCCUCAUGGCAGCGUACAGGUUGCGUGCUUGGCGUUGGUGGCCUUCUUCGAUGCAUGCUCCACAGCGGCGGCUUCCCCUCCAGGAGCGCUCUCGACGGCGUCGGCCUCCCCUCCCGGACGUGCUCGACGGCCCCGGGGCUCCGCUUGGCGGCGGCCUUCCCGUGGCGCUGCUCGCAGCGGCCUCCCCGCGGCGUGUUGGAGCUAAUCUUGUUAUUGGUGUCAAAUUGACAUCGCGCUCCAUCGAUCCGCCGCCGCACCGCCUCAGCUUCAGCGAGGCGCCGAGCUCGAGCGCGUCGCCCCCGGUGCCGCAGUUCGACCCGGGAAACUACGUGGAGGACGAGGACAUUCCGAUGCUCGCCGCCAAGCUCAAGCACGCCGCGCCCACGCCGAUGGCCGGCGACUUCGUCCCCGACUCCGUCCUAGGCACCGUCACGAAGCUGGUGGAGGACCAGACCCACCGCGAUGCUGACAAGAAGGCGGAAUGGCUCCGCGAGCAGGCGAUGCAGGAUGCCUGCUACAUCGAGGUCGACUACUCCGACUCUGGAUUCUAUGGUCUUAUUAAGCAUGCGUUAAUUUUAUGCGCAAUUGAUUGCCGCAACAACGCCCCUUCUUCCAUCUAUUCUGAGCACGAGAAAAACACGUUUCCAUCUUCGAAGCUGCUGUUGGACCUCGUCUGCCCCUUGGCGCUGCGACUGAUCGUUCACUUCAUCCUUUCCCGGCGGCCAGCUGCUAGUACUGACAACGUCCCCAUUGUCCGUCCUCGCCACUUCACUACUCCACCGCUGGGCCUGAUUGACCUCGCCCGUUCCUCCUCGGCACCGCUGCUCCUGUCUACUUCAGUUGGCCGCCACAAUGCGCCGCCGCGUUCCUCCUUAGCACUACCUUCCUCGGCACCUCUGCUCCUGCCUCCGUCAGUUGGCCGCCGCAAUGCGUCACCGCAUUCCUCCUUGGCACCACCUCCCUCGGCACCUCUGCUCCUGCCUCCGUCAGUUGGCCGCCACAAUGCGCCACCGCGUUCCUCCUUGGCACCACCUCCCUCGGCACCUUUGCUCCUGUCUCCGUCGGUUGGCCGCAACAAUGCACGGCAGCGUUCUGCACUUCGUGGCCAACUCCUCGUAGAGGUAUUUGCUGCAUAUUCUGACUUUCCCUUCAGGGGCACCAUUACUAUCAUGGAUGGGACUGCUUCCAACUGUAUCUACAACCGUCCGGGUCGGGAUGCGGAUGCAGAUUUCUAUUCGCAAAAAAAUGAGUGGUUAACAACACACGCCGACGACUCCGAAUUCAAGAGUAAGCUGCGGCUCACUGGACCAGGCUGUUCCAUCUCGGCGUAUUGGGGCUUCAGCAUCAUAGCCUUUUUCCCCGGGAUAGAUGAGGAGUACACAGCAUGCUAUGAUUCGCCUGAUGACUAUCGUAGCAUGCUCAACCAUCCCGACACCAUAACCAUCACAACAAACAUGGGCUCCCUGUACGUGACGUGUGCGGUGCUAAGUGACGCCGUGCAGGCUAAUCUCAAGCUCAUUGUGCGCCUGCCCUUUUUGUAUGUUUUUGCCGACAUGUAUGGUCAUGUUAUGGCGUACAUCGGCACAUUUCAGAUUGGUACCACAAUCUACAGUAGAGAAGACAAAGAUUCGGAGGAUCUCACCGACUAUCAAGAUGGAGAAGAAUUCGGCCCGAAACUUUGCCUUCCGUUGGACCAAUCUCUCCUUGCGGUACCAAUUGGAUCAUGUUUGCAUAUAAAGGGAGAGCUCGUAUUGACUGGAUCACAAAUAAUAUCUAUCAAUUAUUCUAUCCCAACUCAAAGUCACUUCUUCGAGACUGGCUGGGAAGAGGACGAAGAAGAAGCCUUCUUCGAAACUGGCUGGGAUGAGGACGAAGAAUGUCACUUCUUGGAGACCCUCUGGGACGAGGACGAAGACGCUCAAUUCAAAGUCCAGACCGCUAUACGUUUAAAUCUUAGAUCUGUAGAGGUGGAGAUAUAAAUUUGUUGUAAUAGCAUCUCCAUUCUGCUCUACGCUUGCAUCUUAGUAAUGUACGGAGAUGAAUUUGUUCUAA